CUCUCGGCCUCAGCCUCCUCGUCGCCACCGAGCCGGUUUCCUUUUUCCGGCGCUCCGGGAGCUAGAGGCCGGUGGGGCCACCUGGGCAGCGAGCCUCAGCGCAACCCCGGCCCUCGUCUGAGGACCCCGAAAACUACCGUUACCCCGCCGGGCAGCGUGGUCGCCAUGAGCAACGCGGGUGAGGCGCCGCUGUGCCCCGCCGGGGCCCUGCCGGGACUGGACCCGGAAAAGGUAGCUGCUCUGAUUCAGAAGCUGAAUUCUGACCCUCAGUUCGUACUUGCCCAGAAUGUCGGGACCACCCACGACCUGCUGGACAUCUGUCUGAAGAGGGCCACGGUCCAGGGUGCUCAGCACGUGUUCCAGCACGCUGUGCCUCUGGAAGGCAAGCCGGUCACCAACCAGAAGAGCUCAGGGCGAUGCUGGAUCUUUUCUUGUCUGAAUGUUAUGAGACUUCCGUUCAUGAGAAAAUUAAAUAUUGAAGAAUUUGAGUUUAGUCAGUCUUACCUAUUUUUCUGGGACAAGGUUGAGCGCUGUUAUUUCUUCUUGAAUGCUUUUGUGGACACAGCCCAGAAAAAGGAGCCUGAGGAUGGGAGGCUGGUGCAGUUUUUGCUUACAAACCCUGUAAAUGAUGGUGGGCAAUGGGAUAUGCUUGUCAAUAUUGUUGAAAAAUAUGGUCUUGUCCCUAAGAAAUGUUUCCCUGAAUCUUAUACAACAGAGGCAACCAGAAGGAUGAAUGAUAUUCUGAAUCAUAAGAUGAGAGAAUUCUGUAUACGACUACGGAACCUGGUACACAGUGGAGCAACCAAAGGAGAAAUCUUAGCCACGCAGGAUGUCAUGAUGGAGGAGAUAUUCCGAGUGGUGUGCAUCUGUUUGGGUAAUCCACCAGAGACAUUCACCUGGGAGUAUCGAGACAAAGAUAAAAAUUAUCAGAAGAUUGGCCCCAUAACACCCUUGGAGUUUUAUAGGGAACAUGUCAAGCCACUCUUCAAUAUGGAAAAUAAGAUUUGUUUAGUGAAUGACCCUCGGCCCCAGCACAAGUACAACAAACUUUACACAGUGGACUACUUAAGCAAUAUGGUUGGAGGGAGAAAAACUCUAUAUAAUAACCAGCCCAUUGACCUUUUGAAAAAGAUGGUUGCUGCCUCCAUCAAAGAUGGAGAGGCUGUGUGGUUUGGCUGUGAUGUUGGAAAACACUUCAAUGGCAAGAUGGGCCUCAGUGACAUGAAUGUCUACGACCAUGAAUUAGUGUUUGGUGUCUCCUUGAAGAACAUGAAUAAAGCUGAGAGGCUGACUUUUGGUGAGUCACUUAUGACCCACGCCAUGACCUUCACUGCUGUCUCAGAGAAGUAUGAUCAGGAUGAAGUAUUUGUGAAAUGGAGAGUGGAGAAUUCAUGGGGUGAAGACCAUGGCCACAAAGGUUACCUGUGCAUGACAGAUGAGUGGUUCUCUGAGUAUGUCUACGAAGUGGUGGUGGACAGGAAGCAUGUCCCCGAAGAGGUGCUAGCUGUAUUAGAGCAGGAGCCCAUUGUCCUGCCAGCAUGGGACCCCAUGGGGGCUUUGGCUGAGUGAUAUUGCCUCCAGCUCUUUCCUCCUCCCAUGGGACCUGAAGUAGCUGCAAAAGACAGAUCCAGGGAUGGAAGCCAAAGUUAUGCAGGUGACUGUGUGUUCCCACCGGACACAGUCAGACUCUUGGAUUUCCAGUCUCCUCCAGGAACCUCUUCGGGGAACUGUGCUUUAUGCUGAAACAAAAUAUUCUUAAAGGAAAAAAAAAAAAAAAAAGGAAAGAUCAGGUCAUACUAUCUACUCUACUCAUCUCCAACAGCUCAGGAUCUCUUAAGCAUUUUAAUCAGAUGUAAUUGUUUGUCUUAACUCUGUUGAAAAGGUUUGAUUCAGUGUCUGUUUUAGUAAGACAGGAGAGGAUGAGCAAUUAAGGUGUAUGGAGAGAAAAUGGACCUAAUGCUCCUUGUUCCUAGAGUAGAGUUGGGGGAGGGUUACCUAAGAUUUGAGCUCUCAAAACUGCAUGCUGCCUGACAGUAUCGCUGUCCUUCUUAGAUGGCAGUCACUGAAUUCAGUUUUUUUAAAAGUAAUUUCAUGUGCCUCUGAUAGCCCAAGAAUAGGAGGUUGAUCAGGUCUGACAUGAUUCCUUCCUAUUGUUCUGAACUGUGGGGAGCACAGCUCUACUUGAGUCAGGUUUAAGUAGAGGCUUAGAGAAAGUUGGGUGAGAGAACAACCAAAACCUUAUCAUUGAUCUCAUUUAUAAUCAUUAGGGGGAUCUCUAGCCUAGCCAAAUGGUUUAAUUUCUGCCUCUGGAAUUGGGGGUUGGGUGGGCAGAAAACAGUGAUAUUCAUUCUUUCUGACAACUAGAUGGUGCUGAGAAGCUUUUGAAUAAAAUACUUUGCUAAAUGA